GUUAACGUUUUAAGAAAGUAAUAACCUAUAAAUGAAUGUUUAAUUUUGAGAUAUAAACAUAUUGUACUGAAUAAACAUUUUUAUUUCACAGUCGCAUUUAAAAUUUUCCAUCCAAUAAACUUACAAUAUUUAUGAGAGGUUUAUUAUAAUAAAGUGUAAGAUGUUAAAACGCAAAUUAAUGGGAAAUGAUGAUAAUGAACAUAAAAUUAAAUGUUCUGACAAUAAUUCAAAUAUAUCUAUACAAACACAUAAUUCUGCUGUAACAUCCAAAUAUUUCAUAACUGGUCCACUUGUAACUACCGAAACAGUUGGUGAUAAAAUAUUGCAAUUGCAACGAGAUUUAAAUGAAACAUUAAAAACAUUAGACUUAAAAACAGUACCAAUUGAAUACAUUUAUAAUCCACUAGUAUAUGCUUUUGAUACCUAUGAAAAAUAUGUAAGAAAAUAUUGCUCUUCAAAUAAAAUGAUUCUUUUUGUUGGGAUGAAUCCUGGUCCUUUUGGAAUGUGCCAAACAGGAGUACCUUUUGGUGAUCCAAAAUGUGUUAGAGAGUUUCUACAAAUUGAAGGAAUUGUUACCAAACCAGAAGUAGAAUGUCCUAAUAGAAAAAUAUUAGGUUUUGAUUCUCCUCGAAAAGAACAGAGUGGGGAAAGAUUUUGGGGCUUUUUCAAAAAUUUAUGUGGUACUCCGGAUAUAUUUUUCAAAAAUGCAUUUAUUCUGAACUUUUGUCCAAUUGCAUUAAUGAAACAGAAUGGAUGUAAUGUAACUCCUGCCGAUAUUAAAAAUAUAAAGGUUCGUAAGAGUCUUGAAGCAGUGUGUGAAGAUUGGUAUAUAAAAGUUAUUGGACUACUCCAACCAAAAAUUAUCAUUGCCAUAGGUACUUAUAUACAAAAGAAAACCAAAGACCUCUUGGAAAAACACAAAGUUGAUAAUGUCAAAGUUCUGUACAUGCCUCAUCCUAGUCCAAGAGUUGUAAAUAACAAUAAUUGGCAUGAAAAAGCACAAAUGUUUUUAGAAAACAAUCAACUAAUACAAUAUUUUACCAAAUAGAUGUGUAAGCAGCAAAAAUAUUUUUAUUUUUUUUUUAUUAUAGUAGUAUAAUUUUGUUUAAGUUACAAUUUUUUUAAUUUUAUAAGAAAAGUUUUAUUUGAUUUAUUUUUGAAUUAAAUAAUGAAAUGGAACAAAGUGAAUUAUCAGAAACUGAGCUUUUUUAUAUGGAUAAAGCAUUCUUUUACGCUAGAGAAGCUCUAUCUGUUCAAGAGGUACCAGUUGGCUGCGUUUUUGUUUAUAACGAUGAAAUAGUAGCAUUGGGACGUAACACGGUGAAUGAAACUGGAAACGCUACAAGACAUGCAGAAAUCAACUGUAUAGAUACUGUAAUACAUUAUUCCAAAAUUAAUAACCUAAAUUAUCAUAAUGUUUUCGAAAAGACAUGUGUUUAUGUUACGGUAGAACCUUGCAUCAUGUGUGCAGCUGCUUUAUAUGAUUUGAAAAUCAACACAAUCGUGUAUGGUUGUAAAAAUGACAGGUUCGGUGGACAAACCGUAUUUAAUGUUUCAACUGUGUUGAAAACUGUUACUAAAGUCAAAGGAGGUUAUAGAGCAGAAGAAGCCAUGGAUUUGUUGAAAGAAUUUUAUAAAGGGGUUAAUCCUAGUGCACCACCUAAUAAAGUUAAAAAGAAAAAUAAUUCGCUUUCUGUUAUGUAGGAAUGUACUUUCAAACACAUAUAUUUGAAAAUUAUAUUCUUCACAAAACUAA